GUUUUCUGUCAGCCUGGCAAAACAACGUGUUUUGAAACAAAAUAAUUUAAUUUACAAUAUAAAAGAUGGCAAAAAGUAUGAGAAGUAAAUGGAGGCGUAAAUGCAGGGCUGUGAAACGCGAACGUUACGGCAAAAAAGAACUGGAAAGGCUGAAGAAAACGUUGGGCAUUGACGAUACCAAGGAAGAAAAAGAUGUGCAAAUGAAGGAGGUAUCGGAGAUUGUGACAUUCACAACGGCAGACAAAAUCAAAGAAAAGAAGAAAGACGAGAAAGACGACAUGGUGACCGAUGUUGAUUUGAUGGACAUUAAAAAGAAAUUUAAUACCAGGACAUUAAGGAACGAAAAUGGUGCUUACCCUGUUUGGGUGCACCCUAGAAAAAGGAAAGUGACCAAAAAUAAGAAAGGAAACAAGAAGGGCAAAGGCAAGAAAAAUUAGUUGGUAAGACUGGUAUUGUAAUUUAUAAGUUCAUGUUAAAUAAAUCUUUCUUUUUUA